UCUUUCUUUCUCUCUCUCUCUCUUUUUCUUUCUUCCUUUCUUUCUUUAUAUUUUGCUUACCUUAUUCUUAAUAGCAAUGAUGUUUAGAGAAAGAGAUGGGAUCGCAGAUAAACGAUAUGGAAAUGAUAAGGACAACAAUAAUAGUUUACCAUCUAUCAAUACACUAUUAUCUAUGAACAGCGUAAGCCUAUCUACAUCAACUCAACCAAAAUACCACAAUGCCACUCCAUCCACUCAUACUACGCAAUAUGAACCUAUUUCAACUCAUGCCAAUCAAAGCCCAUUCUCUGUUCUACAUCAACCUCAAAACUUACGAAAUGAACCCACAUCCCUGUUACCCGUCUUUGUGAAAGAUAAGCAACAUACGUCUCCAGUAGAAAUGAUUUUGACACCUUCAUCCUUUUCAACACAAACCGCAGAGCAUGAUGUCAAUGAGAUUAUAUGUCAUUGCUCAAUCCUUGGAAAACUUGUAAGAGAAAAAUCAAGUACUGACCUCAACGAUAUAUAUACAAUAAAGCCUUGGUUGGAUGAGAUGAUCAAUAAAGCAAACCAGCUAUUGAAUGCUUUACUUCGAUUAAGAAAGCAGCAGAUGGCUGCGGAGCAGAUGCUAAAUGCACACCAAACAUCUGCUAAUUUAGAUGAGAGGUAUGCUGUGUCUUUGAGAAAGCGUAAAAGACGGAGGUUAAGCUUUCAAGGUCAAUGCCAUUCAUGCAAUACCUCCGAAACGCCUGAGUGGAGAAGAGGUCCAAACGGUGCUCGCACAUUAUGCAAUGCCUGUGGUCUUCAUUAUGCCAAGCUUUCAAAGAAGAACAAGCACAGCGAUGACACGAGUAUGAAGUGACUUGUGCGUUUGUGAUGUCAAAAUUAGGUUAAACUUCCCUCGGAACAAUGGAUAAAAAGAAGAAAAAAAAAACGUGUAAAUCAUUUAUGCCAUCGGUAUCCAGGGUGUAACAUCUUAGCAUUGCUUCCCUCCUUCUUUUAAUAAGUCUAGAAAUGCCCUUUCGUUUCAUUCUAUCUAUUUAUAUGCCCUGACUCUCCUUCCCUUUCUUUUUUUUGUGUACAUAUUUUUAACAUAGCGCUUAAACUUUUAUUACCACCUUUGUCAUCAUCAACCCUUUUUUAUGUUUAUUUUCUAUUAAAAGCUUGUCGGUGUCUUCUUUUUUAUUCCCUAUUAAAAGCCAUUUUGUGCCAAUAUCCGAAAUAGCGGAGAGACGUCGCUGGUAG